AUGUCUGCGCUCGAGGAGAGGGAGCAGCAGCAGGCUGCGCCAUCACCAAUCGUAAUUAGUGAUGACCUGAUUGAUCCGGCCUUGAGAGCAACCCCAUCCAGUAUCACCGAAGCACCAUCCAACAAACCCAGAAAAGGAUCUUCGUCGUCCACGAGAGGGCGAGGAGGAGCACGCGCCAAACGCAAUACCGCCAAUGCAAAACAGCUGGAGCAGCGAAAACCCUCCCAGCCAUGGCCGGACGCAUUCAAACGACUUUCCCAAACCCAUCGCGCUCUGAAUCUGGUAUACACAUUCUGCUGCACACGGAAACAUCUCGCAACUACCUUUGAGACGAUCAAGACGGCUGUUCAAGCUCAGAUGGGUGGUCGCGAAUUGUCGGUUGAGGAUGUCGCUAGGAUCAAAGUGUUGAUUCCCAAGGCUGUCAGGUUUGAGUAUGUUGAUGAAGGCGUUCUUGAAGUUCUAGGUGUGGGGGAAGAUGCGAGUCAAGGCGGCGGGAAGAGGGAUGAAUAUAAAUGGAUGAAUGCGAAGAGUGCGAACCUGGGUGGAGGGUUUAUUCCCGAGGAGCAUUCUUUCACUACUACCACUGCCACCACUACUGGUGCGUUCACCCAAAGCAGGGAUGAUGAUUUACCGGAAUCCAGAGAUGUGUUACUCUUCGAGUUUGUGGAUGAAGAUCUCAAACGGCAGGUUCAGCAUAGCAAGACCGGGGAACCAACACGACCCACCAAGCGACUGCGAAACGAUGAGCUGAAAAUGCCGGUUUAUAGUCAGAAGCAAAUGGUCAACUUGAUUGAGAAAAGAAAUAAGAAAUUCUCGGACGCUAUUGAUGCGUUUCUGGUCAAGUGCGAGGAUGAGGGUGCAGAUCCAGUGGAGAGUUUGGAGAGUGAGAAGAUCAUACCAUCUCCACCGGUGAAGAAAGAGUCCGACACUCCAAUCAAGGGAAAAGUACCAGAUGUGAUACCGAAAGAACGGAAACCGAUUGCGGAGAUUAUUGCAGAUAUCAAGGAAAUGGAUUGGUAUACAGCUCAAAUCGUCCCUGACGGACACAGAGUGUUCGAUCCGCAGCCUCCUGUGUAUGGAGAUUUGAACUUUCAGCUGUCGCAGAAUCUGGUAAAUGCGCUUUAUAAUACCAAGGGAAUUACGCAGCUCUACUCGCAUCAAGCGGAAGCUAUAAACAAUCUAUAUGAAGGUCAUCAUGUCAUUGUCUCGACAUCGACGAGUUCGGGAAAGUCCCUUAUUUAUCAGAUCCCGAUGCUUCAUGAGCUUGAAAGGGACCCCAACAGUAGGGGGAUUUAUAUCUUUCCUACCAAAGCUCUUGCGCAAGACCAGCGGCGCAGUAUGAAAGAAUUACUCAAUUUCAUGGAGGGUUUGGAACAUGUGAUAGUCGAGACAUUUGAUGGAGACACGCCCAUGAGCGAACGAAACACGAUCCGUGACGACGGACGAAUUAUUUUCACGAAUCCCGACAUGUUGCAUGUUACCAUCCUUCCGCAGGAAGGCUCGUGGCGUACUUUUCUGCAGAAUCUGAAAUUCGUUGUCGUCGAUGAGUUGCAUGCAUACAACGGGCUGUUUGGCUCUCACGUUGCAUUUGUCAUGCGACGACUGCGAAGAAUAUGUGCGGCAGUGGGCAAUCGCCAUGUCAGAUUCAUCAGCUGUUCGGCGACAGUGGCUAAUCCUGAGGACCAUUUCAGGACCAUUUUCGGGGUUGAAGACGUUCGAUUGACUGAUUUUGAUGGCUCGCCUGCAGGACGAAAAGAGUUCAUAUGCUGGAAUACGCCGUACAAGGACCCAAAGGAUCCCACCUCUGGCCGAGGUGAUAGUAUUACCGAGACUGCGCGUUUGUUUUGUCAGCUGAUCCUGCGCGGUGUUAGGGUGAUCAUUUUUUGCAGGAUUAGAAAACAAUGCGAAGUUGUUCUGGCAGCAGUGCGCACCGAAUUCCAGACACUGGAAAGACCAGAGGUAGCGAAUCUGGUUAUGGGUUACCGUGGCGGCUACAGUCCACAAGACAGGCGCCAAAUCGAAAGAGAAAUGUUUGACGGAAAACUCAUGGGCAUUGUUGCCACGAACGCACUCGAGCUAGGAGUUGACAUCGGCUCUUUAGAUGCGGUUAUAACGCUCGGAUUCCCUUUUUCGAUUUCGAAUCUGCGCCAGCAAAGUGGACGUGCAGGUCGACGAAACAAAGAUUCACUAUCGGUCCUGAUUGGAGAUGGAUUCCCGACUGAUCAGCACUAUAUGGCCAACCCAGACGAGAUAUUCACUAAGCCGAAUUGCGAGUUGCAGGUCGAUUUGACUAAUGAACUCGUGCUGGAGGGCCAUGUUCAAUGCGCUGCGUUCGAGAUGCCACUCAAACCAGAAGAGGAUAAAGUCUAUUUUGGCGAGCAGCUUGAAGAAUUCGCAUCUACUCGACUUAUCAAAGACUCGCUAGGGUAUUACCAUUGCAAUGACCGAUUUCGACCAAAACCGUCGGAUUUUGUGUCCCUUCGUGACAUGGAAGAUAGUUCCUUUGCCGUCAUUGAUAUCACCCACAACAGGAACAUAGUACUCGAAGAAGUGGAAACAUCGCGGGCAUUCUUUACAAUCUACGAAGGCGGAAUAUUCAUGCACCAAGGUCAAACCUAUGUUGUCCGUGAACUCAACCCGGAAAAACGUCUUGCACGAGUUGUCCAAGUUCAAGUAGACUGGAACACCCAACAGCGCGACUACACGGACAUUGAUCCCAUCGAAACAGAGGCGAUCCGCCACAUCGGCCGGACUGCUAGAGCAUACUACGGCAUCAUUCAGAUCCAUGCUGUCGUUUAUGGCUUCUUCAAGAUCGAUAAACGCGGCCGCGUCCUUGACGCCGUUCAAGUCGAUAAUCCGCCCAUCGACACGUUCACGAAGGGUAUGUGGCUGGAUGUUCCUAAACGCGCAUUCGAGAUUUUAGAAUCCCGAAGACUCAAUAUUGCAGCUGCCAUACACGCCGCCGAACACGCAGUCCUGUCCCUGUUCCCAACCUUCAUCAUCUCCUUACCUGGCGACGUCCGCACAGAAUGCAAAGUCGCCAAAAAGGAGCUCGGCAAAAACCUCAAACGAGCGAACGAAGCCACCACCACCACCAACGAAAACACAACCCGCCACCUCCGCAUCCAAACAUCAUCAACCCGCUCAGCCACCGUCCCCAAAUCCUCAUUUGCCAGAAACAAGAACCCUGCGGAAGAGAUAGAACCCCCUCAUCGUCAACGACCAGCGCGUCUAACCUUCUACGACACCAAAGGCGGCGCCUCGGGGUCUGGUAUUGCGCUCAAAGCCUUUGAAUUUAUCGACUCGCUACUUGUGCGUGCCGUCCGACGCAUCGAGGCGUGUACGUGCAUCACGCCCCAGGGCUGUAUAGAAUGUGUCUGCGACGAACGCUGCAAAGAACGUAACGUGGUCAUGAGCAAAGCCGGGGCUGGGGUGGUACUGAAAUGCUUGCUUGGUCGAGAAGAUGAGAUUGAUAUCGACGCUUUGCCGUGGGGCGAAGAUCCGUAUUAUGAUAUCAGUGAGCAAGGGGCUGGCGAAAAGGAGAUUGUGGGUGGUUACGAGACAGUUGUGUUGGCGAGGGAGGUGAAAGUUAAGGAUGGUGUAAAGAUCUACACUUAG